UGUAUUAUUUUUAUAGAGCCAUUAGAGGUGCAUAUUUCCGAUGGAGAAACAAACAGAACACGAGCACAGCGGUCGCAGAUCAUAUUUGCCCUUUGUGAGGAUUGAGCAGUUUGAGGCCAAAGCCAAGUCUGUGCUGUCCCGAAGUGCGUAUGCCUUCCAGUCAACCGGAGCUACCGCCGAAAUUACGUUGCGUGAAAAUUGCCUUUCAUUUUCUCGUUUGCUGCUGAAGUGGAGAUGUCUGCGAGGCGUAGCUAACGUGGACCUCAGCGCGACGGUUCAGGGAGAUGGAAUUGCCUCGCCAAUAUGCGUUGCUCCCUCCGGCCUCCAGGGUCUAGCGCACCCCGACGGAGAACUGGCCAUGGCUCGAGCAUGCACACGUUCCAACACGAUCAUGACAGCCAGCACGGUAGCAACGUUUAGUCUGGAAGAUAUAGCAAGUGCAGCUGCGACGUGUGCCGCUAGGUCUUCACCUCAGUGGUUUCAGCUAUAUUGCCUGACCGAUCGUGAACUUACAAGGCAACUCGUGCUGCGAGCUGAGAAAGUUGGCUACAGGGCGCUGGUAAUGACAAUCGACCUACCACCGAUUGGCAUACGAUAUGUUGGAGAACGGGCCUUUACGUUCCCACCGUGGAACGAAUUGGCAAACUUUUCAGGUGCCGCUUCACAGUCCGCUUCACAGUCCCGUCGGGUCACUUUCGACGCUUCCAUGGCCUGGCACGAUAUUGACUGGCUGAAAUCAAUCACGAAACUACCCAUCAUCGUGAAAGGUGUAAUGAGUGCUGAAGAUGCUACUGAAGCACUGAGGAGAGGAGUGUCUGGUAUCUGGGUAUCCAAUCAUGGUGCUAGACAACUAGACUCAACUGCAGCCACUAUAGAAGUUCUACCGGAAGUGGUGCAUGCCGUCAAUGGUCGCGUGGAGGUGUACGUGGAUGGUGGUGUUCGUAAUGGUGGAGAUGUUCUGAAGGCGCUAGCGCUGGGAGCACGGGCAGUGUUUGUUGGUCGUCCAGCUCUGUGGGGUCUUGCAUGCAAUGGUGAAGCUGGUGUUUGCCAAGUUCUAGAACUUCUCAACAAGGAACUGGAACUGUCCAUGGCAUUGUGUGGAUGUCCGUCAGUACAUGAUAUUCCCGAGUCAAUUGUUGUUCCAGCAGCUAAGUACAGAUCCAAUCUCUAGGAAUUAUAUUGAAUUUUGAGUUCAAUGUUUUCAACAACGUGGAUCUGAGAUUGAAUGAUGAACCCUCAGUGAUAAUCUCCUGUAUAUGCUGGAAGGCCAGGCCAGUCAUCAAACAGUUGGUCUUCGACCUGAACCACGACACGGAGAGAUUUGGCAAGGUCGUGGAAAGGCGGACAGGCCACUUCUGGCCAGUGUCAAAUGUCGCCAUCAGUGAGCCUCACGAGAACUAACAGCUUGUAGCGGAUCUGGAUCCGUAUUAAUUUUGUUUUGUAGUGUUUGACUUGCCUAUGCAUUGAUCACCCCUUGCCUGUCAUUCUUUGAUGCGAAACGGCCGACAGUCAUCAGUGCGGAUGCUAGCUAUGGUCUCGGUGCUGUUUUGCUGCAGAACCACGACGGCAGUCUCCACCCAGUUGCGUAUGCGUCCCGAUCAUUGACAUCGGCUGAGCAGCAGUAUGAAAGAGAGUGCCCCGGCGUGGUUUGGGCCUGUCAACGGUUCCAUGGCGUUGUGUACGGCGACCCAUCAUCGACGGUCCACACUGACCACUAGUAUAUCACAAAUAUGGAUCCAGAUCAACUACACAACUCAGAAGCCUUCACAAUCGAUGGACAAUUUUUUUUUUAAUGGACAACUGGACCCAGGAUCGCAGACAGAGCAUGGGCUACUCUGGAUCCCCGGCCAACACGGUUAUCCAGAACCAGUGGUUUCUGUAACAUCAGUAAGUGCUCCUCCGUCAUCAUGCCAGGCUGCUUUAUCCUGCAAUACAACCCCCACAACCACAACCUGAGUUGCCCUGGAUUGCGGCACCCCGGGUACAUCUCACAGUUCCACCAGCACGGGUGUCGAUGCCAUCUGCUCAGGCAAUGUUGUGCGACUACAUGGCUGGCUGGACUUGUAACUGUGGAAUGCGUAGACCCUUCUGGUUGCUCUCCAUGCUGUGAGAAAUGUAGCAUAUCACCGCACAAACCGUAUGCAUCCGUUAGUCUACUGUGGUAACUCUGCCUACACACUUCAAUGCAUGAUCCUGCACGCAAAUGUGUACAGUGUCAGGGGCUACAGGCUGCGCUUAGCAGGUUGUUUUGGAAUAUCUGUUCUGUGGGAAUGUUGACUUUCACUUCAAUUCCCAUCUUCCUAACUUCUUCGUAGACCUUCCAUAGGCUGCUUGUUAUUGUUUAUGUCCACUGUUAUGCUGCAACUUCAACUUUAAUUGUGUGUGAAAAGCAGUGUGCUACAUUUCCUGAUGAAUGUUCUAAGCAAAAAUCAUUCUAUUCCUGCUUGGAAAUGGUAAUAUUUAUGGCACAUACGUGUUGAUGUAUAUGUCAUGGCGCACCCUACUGAUUAUGUCAGGGUGAUAUUGAGUUUCCUGAUUAUCUAUUGAACUUUCCGAGAGAUUCAAUCCUAAUGAUUGUCAUUGUUUAUUUAAAUUUUCUGAAUCAGCUUUUUACACUGUAUCAGAACCUCUUUUUGAUUGACAUUAUUUUAGGACUUGUGCUCUGCCACUCAGAUAAACAGAAUAUCAACCCAGAA